AACAACAGUACAACACCUUUCAUUUCAUCCACUCACUGUCAGAGAGAUAGAUGGGAACAAUGGCGGAGGCCGGCGGAGGAGUGGUGGUGGUGAGCCCCAAACCGAGCAAAGGUUUUACCUCCAAAGCAGUUGAUUGGUUAGAGAAGGUUAUAGUGAAGCUCAUGUAUGAUUCAUCCCAGCCUCAUCACUGGCUUUUCGGUAAUUUUGCCCCUGUUCAGGAGGAAACUCCUCCUUGCAAAGACCUACCUGUAAUCGGUCACCUACCGGAGUGCCUAAAUGGCGAGUUCGUUAGAGUAGGUCCUAACCCAAAGUUUGCUCCUGUGGCUGGAUAUCACUGGUUUGAUGGAGAUGGCAUGAUCCAUGGCUUGCGUAUCAAAGAUGGAAAAGCAACUUAUCUAUCCCGUUAUAUAAAGACAUCUCGUCUGGAACAAGAGGAAUUUUUUGGAGGAGCUAAGUUUAUGAAGAUUGGAGAUCUUAAGGGGAUGUUUGGGUUACUGAUGGUCACUGUGCAAAUGCUUAGAACCAAGUUGAAAGUGUUGGAUCUUUCUUAUGGCCAGGGGACAGGAAACACAGCUCUCAUAUAUCAUCACGGAAAGCUCUUAGCACUAUCAGAAGGAGAUAAACCAUACGCCAUUAAAGUUUUGGAGGAUGGUGAUCUACAAACUCUUGGCUUAAUGGAUUAUGAUAAGAGGCUUUCUCACGCCUUCACUGCUCAUCCAAAGGUUGAUCCAGUUUCUGGUGAGAUGUUUACUUUUGGAUAUUCACAAGCACCGCCAUUUGUUACGUACCGGGUGAUUUCAAAAGACGGUGUUAUGAAUGAUCCAGUGCCGAUAACAGUACCAGAAUCGAUAAUGAUGCAUGACUUUGCGGUUACUGAGAAUUAUGCAAUAUUCAUGGAUCUUCCUUUAUACUUUAGACCAAAAGAAAUGGUGAAGGGUAAAAAGUUGAUUUUCACGUUUGAUGCAACAAAGAAAGCUCGAUUUGGUAUCCUUCCACGGUAUGCAAAGAACGAGCUCCAAAUUAAAUGGUUUGAGCUUCCAAAUUGCUUCAUAUUUCACAACGCUAAUGCAUGGGAGCAAGGAGACGAAGUUGUUUUGAUUACAUGCCGCCUUCAGAAUCCAGAUUUGGAUAUGGUUGGCGGAGGUGUUAAAGAAAAGCUUGAUAAUUUUACAAAUGAGCUGUAUGAGAUGAGAUUCAACAUGGAAACAGGUCUUGCUUCUCAGACAAAGUUGUCGGUUUCUGCUGUUGAUUUUCCUAGAGUGAACGAGAGCUACACUGGCAGGAAACAACGAUAUGUGUACGCAACUAGGCUUGACAGCAUUGCGAAGGUCACUGGCAUCGUUAAAUUUGAUUUACAUGCGGAACCCGAGGCUGGAAAAGAAAAGCUUGAAGUUGGAGGAAACAUUCAAGGCUUAUAUGAUCUAGGGCCAGGUAGAUUCGGUUCGGAGGCAAUUUUUGUUCCUCGACAACCUGGAUUUGAUUCUGAUGAAGAUGAUGGCUACUUGAUCUUCUUUACACAUGAUGAGAAUACAGGGAAAUCAUCAGUAACAGUAAUUGAUGCGAAAACGAUGUCUCCUGAUCCAGUUGCAGUUGUUCCAAUCCCCCAUAGAGUUCCAUACGGUUUUCAUGCCUUCUUUGUGACUGAGGAACAAAUUAAGGAACAAGCGAAUUUCUGAGUGUUUUGGAGGGUAAUUGUAGAUGCAUACUACUACAUGUACUACAAGUUCAUAUCUUAUCAUCAAGUUGCGAUAUACGCUAUCGUGGUUUCAUAAUAUGAAUCCAUCGUAUACAUACCGAUACUUUAUACGUGAUAUAUAAUUGAUACUACCACUAUGGUAUUUAUGUCUACUUGUUUUCUUUUC